GGGGGUCCCGGGAGUGGGGCGUCGAGAAGACAGGUCCGGAGCCGGAGGGGGGGAAGGGGGACACCAAGGGUCCAUAGCCUCUGCCAUAGGGGUGUUGGGGCCUGGAAGCUUGGGGUCUGCCAGGUGCUGGGUGUCUGCGACGAGGGUCGGGCUGGGACGGGUCGGAUUGGGUUGCCCCGGGCAGAGGCGUUUCUGAGCAGGCCAGCCAGCCAGUUGGGGUGACAUCACCGACCCCCUCCCCCGCGCGAACCCCCUUCCUUCCUCUCCCCGCCGCGCCUUUUGUCCGGGCCAGGCUCGGCUCAGCCCCGCCCCUCCCCGCCCAUCUGCGGAGGAGGAGACUCCCCGUCAGUGACUUCAUUGAGUAGAUUCUUGGAGAUUGGGCUUAGGUUCUCCCCAGAGAGGCGAGAGGAGCUCACUGCCUCUCAGGCCCUCACUAUCACACCUGUCACAGGUACACACGCUGCCACUCAACAAGCACAUACUGUCACUUCCAGCCUCACUGUCACACAGCCGUACAGCCACUCACAUUCAGCCAGACACUGCUGUACCUGAGAGCAGGUGGCCGCUGGACCCUCUCCCUCCACUCCGCACCUGGGGAUCAGGUCCAGCUCCUGCGGCACGGGACAGGCCUUGCUGGGCAAGGGCCUCUGAGAAUCUGAGGAGGUGGCUGCCAGAGCUACAGCGUCCCAAGCAGGCUCCGGUGGAGCGAUCAGAGAAACAAGGAGCCCAGCACCGGUCCAGUGGCUGUGAUGGGAAAAGAUUAUUACAAGAUUCUCGGAAUCCCGUCAGGGGCCAAUGAGGAUGAGAUCAAGAAAGCCUAUCGGAAGAUGGCCCUGAAAUACCACCCAGACAAGAACAAAGAACCCAAUGCUGAGGAGAAGUUUAAGGAGAUUGCUGAGGCCUAUGACGUGCUGAGUGACCCUAAGAAACGGAGCCUGUAUGACCAGUAUGGGGAGGAAGGCCUCAAGACCGGCGGUGGUACGUCAGGUGGUUCCGGUGGCUCCUUUCACUACACCUUUCAUGGGGACCCUCAUGCCACCUUUGCUUCCUUCUUUGGUGGCUCCAACCCCUUCGAUAUCUUCUUUGCCAGCAGCCGCUCCACUCGGCCCUUCAGUGGCUUUGACCCAGAUGACAUGGAUGUGGAUGAAGAUGAGGACCCAUUUGGUGCCUUUGGCCGCUUUGGCUUCAAUGGGCUGAGUAGGGGUCCAAGGCGAGCCCCAGAACAGCUGUACCCCCGGCGCAAGGUGCAGGACCCCCCUGUGGUGCAUGAGCUUCGGGUGUCCCUGGAGGAGAUCUACCAUGGCUCCACUAAGCGUAUGAAGAUCACAAGACGGCGCCUUAACCCUGAUGGGCGAACUGUGCGCACUGAGGACAAAAUCCUGCACAUCGUCAUCAAGCGUGGCUGGAAGGAAGGUACCAAGAUCACCUUCCCCAAAGAGGGUGAUGCCACACCUGACAACAUCCCAGCCGACAUUGUCUUCGUGCUCAAAGACAAGCCUCAUGCACACUUCCGCCGAGAUGGCACCAAUGUGCUCUACAGUGCGCUGAUCAGCCUCAAGGAGGCGCUGUGUGGCUGCACUGUGAACAUUCCCACCAUUGAUGGCCGAGUGAUCCCUUUGCCCUGCAAUGAUGUAAUCAAGCCAGGCACCGUGAAGAGACUCCGUGGAGAGGGCCUCCCCUUCCCCAAGGUGCCCACUCAGCGGGGAGACCUUAUUGUUGAGUUCAAAGUUCGAUUCCCAGACAGAUUAACACCACAGACCCGGCAGAUCCUUAAGCAGCACCUACCCUGCUCCUAGGCUCUGCCCCGGCCAGUCUGGAGCCUACCACAGCAAUACCCCCACACUCACCCCAUCUCAUGGGGACCUGGCUGGAUGUCCACUGGACACUGGCACUUUUCUAAAACGCAAACAAAAAAGUCACUGAUUUUCAGGAAAACGUUCCUGUCCCCAACCCCUUUCAGAGCUGGGCUGCUUUGGGGGAAUGGGAGGGAGGUGGGGAGAGCUAGCCCAGGCCAGGGGUCAAUUUUCUGUCACUAGCUUUGAAUCCAGUCCCCACUCCAGGGGCUGGAGAGUGACUUGAGUGCUACUUGAAGAUCUAGAGUCCUUGUCCAUGCCUGUAAAUAGCAUGUCCUCCUCCCCCCCUCAGCCUUGCUAACCCUUUCCUCUCCCUUCCCUUUGGCGUCCUCCUGUUUCUGGAGAACGAGGACAGAAAGGACCCCCCCCCCCCAGGUCUGUAGUGUCCAAGACUAACCCACAAGUAUUCAUGCACACGAAGCACUUGCCUGAAGUGGUCUGUGUCUCUCUGGGAGACAAGAGGAGAGGACAUAGGAAAGAGAGGUCGUUACCUAUGAACAAGGCCAUCCAUUGAGCACGAGACACUUUUUCAUUUGGGGCAGGGACGUGAGCCCCCACUCAGGAGCCUCCCCAACAGCUGCCCUGCCCUACAGCCACCAAGUUGGAAGGUCCGCUCCCCCGCUGCUCUGAGGAGUGUUCAAGGAUAGAGAAAAGAGGGGCUGAAGCAUUACAGCUAAGAGGUGGGGCAGGACCCAUCUCCCAGCCACUGUCAGGAAGGAAAGGGCUUUGGGGUCAGGUGGCAGCUACUCCCCCGCAAGAGAUUCAGGAUCAUAGGUUCCUCCCCACAUCUCUGAACUCAGGGUCUAGCCACCCCAAACUUCCAAACCCCACUUUUGUGAUAUGUGAAGCUACUUAUUUCUUACCUUUCUGGAGGCUGUGUCGGAGAUUUCCAGCCCCUCUCUACCUGUGUGAGCCCCACCUCACUCCCACAGUUGUAUAAAAGUCUAAUAGUGAAGGAGAUGGGAGAAGACUGCUUCAGCUGGUCCUGGGGUGGGGUCUUUAGGUUUUCUCACUUUGACAAGCCCCUGAAUGUUUUUAUAGUAGUUUUUUGUAUUUUUUUGUAAUGACAGUAUUAUGAAAAAAAAUAAAGUAUUUUAAAAAUAUGGCCUCUGAACAGGAGCAGGGCCCCCGGGGUGCAGGCAGGAAUGCAGGGGCACUGUGAGACUCCUUCAGAGCCCUGAUCACUCCCAGAAAAGCCAAACAACCUCAGUCUAAACGGGAGCCCACCUCUUCUUCCUGUAAGCUCUGACUUUUUGGAGUUCUGGAAUAUAUACCCCAAACAACAAAGCUAGAAGUCACAGCCCAGCUGUCUGUGGAGAAGAUGCCCUUGUCUGUAAGAAACAGAGCCUAUUCUCUUCAGAAGCUGUGUCAACAUGAGAGCUAACAGACUUGUCUGAACUUCUCUUUGAAUUAGAGACAUUGUAUUCCUUGGAGGGAAUGGAGGACUUUCUGACUGACGAGAACAGGCACACUCCCAAAGACAGUUUGGCCACCAAGUGGGCUGGAGAGAUAGCUCAGCAGCUAAGAGCACUUCCUGUUCUUACAGAGGAGCCACGUUCAGUUCCCAGGACACACAUCAAGUAGCUCACAGUAGCUCAGGGGAACCUGACAGCCCUGGUCUCCUCAGGAACCUGCAUUCAUUCACAUGCACAAUUAAUUAAAAAUAAUAAAACUAAUUUUUUUUAAAGUUUGGGUACAAAGAAUGUAGCUAGAGCAUGCUGGCAGGCCUGGCUGGGGAUCUGGGUUCUGCGAAGGGCACUAACCAGAGUUGCUACUCCUUGAAUCACACCAUUUUCUGAGGAUGUCUGUCCUGGUGCCUGACUUGCCUGUCCCUGCUAGACAACCCUGAAUCUCAGAGCCUGGUUAAUACUACAAAAAGGCCACUGCGCCUUUUCCCCUUGGGUCUGGGUAGGAACGAACCCUGUGGUUACAGGAAUGGCUACCUUCAAGUAUGCCAGUCACACUGCUAGAGAGAGGCCCAAGACAGUCUUGAGACCACUUCCCCGGUAGCACAAGGAUAGCUGCCUUCUGCUGGGCCUGGCCCCCCACAGGUGAACACUGGGCUUCUUGGGACCUUUCUGACCUUUCUUCAUCCUGUGCAGAAACACUGACAAAGGCUCCUGUCCUCCCACUUCUGUGGGAGGCUCUUCUACUACUCCCCAAACCAGGGGUUCUGGAUCACAAAGAUGUCUGCUAUGGCAGGGUGGACCCCACCCUGCAUAAAUCUACUUCAUUCUCUCCUUCACUGGGAAUUCUAAAGUGGUCUCACUUGAGGCUAAAUAUUAUCUUGUGUCUUCCCUGAGACCUAAAACUUGAGGAUCUGAAUGUCCUGGACCAGAAUUCUCCUUCCAGCCCUUCUGUGAACACACAGGACCUAAGAAAUUGUCCUGUCUUCAUAUCUUCACUGAACACACUCUCCUGGGACCACGGGACCCUGAGGUCCUAGAAAACAGGCUACCUGAGGCAAGAUAAGCUUCUGUUGAAAUGCAUAUCACACACACACACACUAGAUAGAGGAGAGGAAGGAGAGAGGAAGGGGGAAUGCAGGGUAGAACUUUAUGAAAA